AUGCCCCGCAACCUACCAUGGCUACUCAAUGCAGCAACAACAACCAAACGAGAACCGAAGACAUCUCCGUCAGACACACCGCGUCGAACCGUGAAGCGCGAGACCAGAGCCAAAGAGAAGGAGAAAGAAGAAGAUGACAACGAUGUGACUCCAAAAGCCGAGAUGGCGAUGACUCCAGGUUCAAGGAUGAAGAAGCGCGAUUUUAUGCGGUCUUCUCCUACGCCGCCGUCCUCUCCCAUCCAUCGCUGUCCGUCUGAAGAAUACCUCCGCGAAGGCUUCGACAACGACGACAUAUACAUGAUGGUAGAAGACGAGUUCUACGCGGUCGCACAAACCUUCACACAACACCUACACUACGCAGAAUACAUACGACGGAAGAAAGAAGCCAAGUUGCAGAAUGCCACGACCAUACAGAAUAUCGCUCGACCGACCGAUGGUGUUACUGCGCAGAGCGAGGAAGCUAAACGCAAGGCUGCGGCGGAGGAUUUGUCCGCUCAGCAGAAGGAGGGGCUGCAGAAGAUGGUGGAAGGUGGACGACCUGCUGUGGAUUCGGAAGAAGAUGAUCAGGAGGAAGAGGAAGAUGAUACUUGGGCGGGUACGUCGCUGCAUGAUCUGCUGAUUAGCCCCCGAAAGGCGCGGUCGUUGGUCGGGAUGCAGGGCAUCAAGUCGACGACGCGGGCGGCUGCUGGACUGCGGGCGUCAGCAGGAAGCAGCGCGGUUACAGAUGGGGCAGCAAGGGAGCGACAGGAUGCGAUGGGGGACGGCGAUCAACUAAGUGAAACGACGGAUGACGACGAUCUGGACGCACGGACGAGGACCCUGACGGGACCGAGUCGUAUACAGCAUCGUACUACGGAGACUACGCCUACUGCUGCUAGCUCGCGAAGCAGCCCGAUGAAUAAUCGCUCUACCGGGGACAAUGGAAUCAGAAGAGUGCAGUCUAUGAGUAGUAGAUACAGUACACCGAGGGCGACCAAAUCCAAGAAGAGAUUAAUAUUCGAUGAUGACUUUGACGGGCUUCCAGAGCCGUCUCGGUCAAGCAAUCAGAUGCAGGGCCCGAUAUCAUCCCCGUCACUAGGUCGAAGAGCACCAAAUCCACGAGGCCCGGACCCCAAGGCAAAGAAAUCGCGUCUCAAUGAAGUUCCAACAUUCUUGUUUUGA